AAAAUAAUCCCAAGACGACGAAUAUCUUACACAGCAAAACUAUUUAGAAUACACAUAAAGUUUCAGAAAAAGGUCAAGCAAAAUCGAUUCUAUUCUCACACCGCGCAUGCCCAGUUCAUCGCUAAGGAAGAAAGGGGAACAUGUCUUUGACGAGCUUUUUACCGGCGCCAACCCAGCUGUCUCAGGACCAGCUGGAGGCAGAGGAGAGGCUCCGGGCCCAAAAGUCCUAUUCUACCGCCCUGGUUUCGUCCCGCAGAGAGCCCCCUCCUUAUGGACACAGAAAAGGCUGGGUGCCUCGCUCACUUGAGGACUUUGGAGAUGGAGGAGCUUUCCCAGAGAUCCAUGUGGCCCAGUUUCCUCUGGAGAUGGGUAGGAAGAAGAAGACAUCCAAUGCCUUGGCAGUGCAGGUUGAUGCUGAAGGAAAGAUCAAAUAUGACGCCAUCGCCAGACAAGGACAGGGCAAGGAUAAGGUGAUCUUCAGUAAGUACACAGACCUUCUUCCAAAGGAAGUUCUGAAUGAAGACACUCCAGAACUCCAGAAGCCUGAUGAGGAGGCUGUAAAAGAGCUGACGGAGAAGACCCGUGCUGCCCUGGACAAGCAGGUGUCUCAAAAGAUCGCUGCUGCAAUGCCUGUAAGAGCUGCAGACAAACAAGCUCCUGCACAGUACAUCAGAUACACCCCGUCCCAGCAGGGAGUGGCUUUUAACUCAGGGGCCAAACAGAGGGUGAUCCGCAUGGUUGAAAUGCAGAAAGAUCCGAUGGAGCCUCCACGUUUCAAGAUCAACAAGAAGAUUCCUCGAGGGCCUCCCUCUCCCCCUGCCCCUGUCAUGCAUUCCCCAAGCAGAAAGAUGACAGUUAAGGAGCAGCAGGAGUGGAAGAUUCCUCCAUGCAUCUCCAACUGGAAAAACGCUAAGGGCUACACCAUUCCUCUUGACAAACGUCUGGCUGCUGAUGGUAGGGGGUUGCAAACAGUUCACAUCAAUGAAAACUUUGCCAAGCUGGCCGAGGCACUCUACAUUGCUGAUAGAAAGGCCAGAGAGGCAGUGGAGAUGAGAGCCCAGGUGGAGAAGAAGAUGGCCCAGAAGGAGAAGGAAAAGAAGGAGGAGAAACUGAGGGAACUGGCCCAAAUGGCUCGAGACCGCAGGGCAGGAAUCAAAAGUCAUGGGGACAAAGCAGGCGGCGAGGACGGCGAGGCCAGGGAGCGUGACGAGAUCCGCCAUGAAAGAAGGAAAGACAGACAGCACGACAGGAACAUUUCCAGGGCUGCUCCCGAUAAGAGGUCGAAGCUGCAGAGAGACCAGGACAGGGACAUCAGCGAGCUCAUUGCUCUGGGUGUGCCCAACCCUCGUUCCGCCAGUGAGGCCCAGUACGACCAGAGACUCUUCAAUCAGAGCAAGGGUAUGGAUAGUGGUUUUGCCGGUGGUGAGGACGAAACAUACAACGUGUACGACCAGCCGUUCCGCGGCGGCAGAGACAUGGCUUCUAACAUCUACCGGCCCAGCAAGAAUAUAGACAAGGACGCCUACACAGAUGACUUUGACACACUCAUGCACAACAACAGGUUUGUUCCAGACAAAGAGUUCUCAGGUGCCGACCAUGGGCAGAGGCGGGACGGACCAGUCCAGUUUGAGGAAGAUCCCUUCGGCCUGGACAAGUUCUUGGAGGAGGCCAAGCAGCACGGAGGCUCCAAGAGGCCUUCCACCAGUGGCCGCUCAAAGGACGACUACCACGACAAGAAACGCAGGAAGGAGUGAGAGCGGCCGGGCACAGAGUCCAUGUAGGGCAGCUGCUAGCAUGUUGGAGAACAGGGAGGUAGAGAGAUGUUUUAAUAUACUCAUGUCUCUGUCAGGAAUGGUCUGUCAGAUUUAUUUUCUUUCAGUGUGAGAGAAGGUGAAAGAUUGUGAAAGAUUCUUUUUUUUUUUUUUUUUCCCACAUUGUUGUUUACUCGGCUCUAUUCAGAAUAUGUUGAGCAUUCAAUGUCAUGCUAAAUAUGAGUUAAGUAUGUGUGAGAUCUGCAUCUGAAAACAUCUUUCUGUAUAGUGCAGCAAAUGUCAUUUCAGAUGCGGAUAGUAAUAUUUGGUGAUAUUUCAUUUUUAUUUUUUAACAUGUACACAGAGUAAACCCAACAGAAACUCAACAGGAGCUGUUCAUAUUUACCCUUUUCUCAUUUGUCCCCCACCUUUCCCCCCUUUUGAGUUUUUGUCAACUGUGUUUGUGUAUUUGUGAGCACAGUUACAGCCCAUAUUUGAUGACAGAUAUGUACAGCAGUAUAAACUAAUCUGUAAGAUGUAAAGCAAACCAGCUUUAUAAUUCUUGUACAUUACUACCAAUGGAAUAAAUUUCAUAUAGUGUGUAA